AUGGAGGGUGUAGGGGGUCUCUGGUCUUGGGUGUUGGGUCUGCUCUCCUUGGCAGGUAUGAUCCUAGGAGUGCCUCUGGCCUCCAGCUGCCCAGGAGCCUGUGGUACCAGCUUCCAAGAUGGUCUCACCCCUGAGGGAACCCAGGCAUCCUGGGACAAGGACAUUCCUUCAAUUAACCAAGGGCUCAUCCCAGAAGAAACCCCAGAGAGCAGCUUUCUCAUCGAGGGGGACAUCGUCCGGCCAAGUCCCUUCCGACUGCUGUCAGCAACCAGCAACAAGUGGCCCAAGGGUGGUGGCGGUGUCGUGGAGGUCCCCUUCCUGCUCUCCAGCAAGUACAGUGAGCCCAGCCGCCAGGUCAUCCUAGAGGCGCUUGCGGAGUUUGAACGUUCCACGUGCAUCAGGUUUGUUACCUACCAGGGCCAGAGAGACUUCAUUUCCAUCAUCCCCAUGUAUGGAUGCUUCUCAAGUGUGGGGCGCAGUGGAGGUAUGCAGGUGGUCUCCCUGGCACCUGCCUGUCUCCAGAAGGGCCAGGGCAUUGUCCUUCAUGAGCUCAUGCACGUGCUGGGUUUCUGGCAUGAGCACGCAAGGGCUGACCGGGACCGCUAUAUCCAUGUCAACUGGAAUGAGAUCCUCCCAGGCUUUGAAAUCAACUUCAUCAAGUCUCGGAGCAGCAACAUGCUGACGCCUUAUGAUUACUCCUCUGUGAUGCACUACGGGAGACUCGCCUUCAGCCGGCGUGGGCUGCCCACUAUCACACCGCUUUGGGCCCCGAGCGUCCACAUCGGCCAGCGAUGGAACCUGAGUGCCUCGGACAUCACACGGGUCCUCAAGCUCUAUGGCUGCAGCCCGGGUGGCCCUGGCCCCCAUGGGAGAGGGUCCCAUGCCCAUAGCACUGGUAGAAGCCCUGCUCCAGCCUCCCUACCCCUGCAGCGGCUUUUGGAGGCACUGUCAGCGGAACCCAGGAGACCUGACCCCAGUGGUUCCAGUGCGGGAGACCAGCCCAUUCCUGCAGGGCCUGGGGACAACCCACAUGGGUGGGAGUCCCCUGCCCUGAAGAAGCUCAGUGUGGAGGCCUCGGCCAGGCAGCCUCAGACCCUGGCUUCCUUCCUAAGAUCGAGGCCCAGAGCAGGAGCCCCUGGUAUUGCUCAGGAGCGGUCUUGGCUGGCUGGAGUAUCCACCGAACCCACAGCCCCAUCUUCAGAAGCAGGAGGCCAGCCAGACCCUGUCCAGGGAAGCCCAGCUCUGCCAGGAGGCUGUGUACCUAAAAGUCAUUUCAGGGGGAGGCCCAGAUAUUAA